AUAGGAGAAAAUAAAAACAACAACAACAACAACAAGGAACAAAAAAGAAGAAAAAAAUGAAAAAAAAAUAUCCCCUGAAUAACGUGACAUGGCAACUCUGCGCAUGCUCCGCCCACUCCCUGAUGACGCAAGCAGUGACGUCACGAGGAGCCGCGGGUAUAUAAGGCGAACAGGGCGGGCGGACACCUCAGAGUUUGACGAGCCUUUCCAGGAGACGGAGCUCGCCUAUCCCGGUGCCAUUACUACUACUAUUACUAUUAUUACUAGUAGUGCCCCUUAAAGUCGUCAGGCUGGAGGAACUAGCGGAAAAACGACCCUUGCCGGUUGAUAAGGCUACCACCAUCACGACUACUACUACUACUACUACUUCUUCCUCCUCCUCCUCCUCCUCCUCCUCCUCUUCUUCUUCUUCUUCAGCGACGUCUACUCUCGCCCGCUCAGACAUGAGCGGCGAGGGGCGCGCAUCGUUCCACCGGGUGCGUGUGUUUGAUCUGCCGCGGCUGGACGUGGAGCGGCAGUUCAGCGGCGUGCGAGUGGUGGGCGAGGGGUGGCGCGCCUCGGUGGUGGGCGCCACGCACCGGGCGUCGGACACGCGGGUGGCGCUGAAGCUGGUGCACAAGGCGUCCACGCGGCGGCGGGAUUUCUUCCGCGAGCUGCACUACAACUACUACCUCAGCCCACACCCAAACAUCGUCACCUCCUACGACGCCGCCUUCGACACGCCCACCGCAUACGUGUUCGCCCAGGAGCUGGCGCCCUGCGGUGACCUGUCCGGCGUAGUGCGGCGCGGCGGCGUGGGCGAGGUGCGGGCCAAGCGCGUGGUGGAGCAGGUUGCCUUCGCGCUGGAGUUCAUGCACACCAAGGAGCUGGUGCACCGCGACGUGCGCCUUCACAACAUCCUGCUCUUCGACAAGGACCUGCGCCGCGUCAAGCUGGCGGACUUCGGCGCCACGCAGCGCGCCGGCACGCUCGUCAAGAAGGUGGACGUGCGCGUGCCAUGGGCGCCGCCCGAGGUGUGUCGCGCCGUGUACCACGAGGGGUACCACGUCAGCACGGCGCUGGACGCCUGGCAGCUGGGCGUGCUGCUCUUCGUGCUGCUGACGGGCGUGUUCCCCUGGGCUGCCGCGGACAUCACGGACGCCCACUACACCGCCUGGGUUGCCUAUACCAAGCGCAAGACAAACAAGGUGCCGCGCCGCUUCAGGGCCUUCACGCCGCGCCUCCUACGACUCCUCCGCCGCCUGCUGCAGCCCAAGCCAGAAAAGCGUGCGGGCGUGCGCGAGGCAUACAAGUACCUGAGCGACACAUGGCUGGCGCGCGGCGCUGAUCGCCUGGAGGCUGCGCUGGACGACAGCUCCUCCGAGGCGCCGGCUGGCGGCACGCCGCGCCCCCUGCAGGAUGCCGCGGAGAAGCACCGCCUGGCGGAGCUGCUGCGUGCCCGCGGCGUGCAGACCAGCGUGGACCGCAGCGAGGCCACGCGCCGCGUGUGUGAGUGGCUGCUGGCCUCACACGCCCCUGCGGCGGGACAGCGAGGCAUGUAACCCACGCCACGCCGCUCACCGCGCCCACAACGCCCACCGUGCCAAAGACGACUGUGAUACCCGACCCCGGCUACCAGGCGGCGCCCCCCGCCAACCCCCGACCCCCCUACAAAACCCCGACCACCACCCCGCAAUCCAGACCACAUAUCAGCGCCGCGCCAUCCUUUGUAUCAAAGGCUGCCGCGCCACACACACACACACACACACACACACACACACACACACACACGCUGAUAUACGUCCCCACGCUCACACACACACAUUCUGAUACACCUCCCUCACACACACCCUGACACACCCUGACACACCCUGACACACACCCUGACACACCCUGACACACACGGACACACACACGGACACACAGUCUUCCAGCGGGCGCCGCGUCGCCAUGAAGUGUUUUGUACCAGUGUGUUGUUAUCAAGGAACAAUAAUCAAAACCAAACUCAGAUCAUUAAUC